CUGUUUGGUCUCACAUGCAUCCUGUUUCAUGAAUAUUCGCAUCACUCCGUAUAUCCAUACAGCCCUCACCCUCCCCUCUACUCGCGGAGUCAGCAACAUCCGCUUCUCACGUGACCCCUGAUAGGUCAUCACUCGCCACUCACUAGCCACAUUCAGCCACGAUGACUAUCGAUAACCUUGAAUCCAGUUCUGCUGCCCGUCGUCAAAUAAACUCUCCAACUCCACUGCUUCGUCGCUGACCACCAGCACAAAAACUCCACACACCAUGCCUCCCGCACAGAUCAAGCAGGAUCUCAAUCGAUCCGGAUGGGAGACAACCGACUUCCCGUCUGUCUGCGAGAGCUGUCUCCCGGAUAACCCCUACGUGCAGAUGCUGAAGGAGGACUAUGGCGCAGAAUGCAAACUGUGCACCCGACCAUUCACCAUCUUCCGCUGGAAGGCCGACCGCACUGCGCGCACCAAGCGCACCACCAUCUGCCUCACCUGCGCCCGUCUGAAGAACUGCUGCCAGUGCUGCAUGCUGGAUCUGUCGUUCGGUCUGCCCAUCGUCGUUCGUGACGCAGCGCUUAAAAUGGUCGCCCCGGGUCCCGAAAGCACCAUCAACCGCGAAUACUACGCCCAGGGCCACGAGAAAGAGAUCGAGGAAGGCCGCGGUGCGGUCGAGGAAUACGAAAAGACCGACGAGAAGGCCCGCGAGCUACUGCGGCGUUUGGCCAACAGCGAGCCUUACUACCGCAAACAGCGCCGCAUCGAAGCCUCUGACGAUGGAGAGGGCCCCGCGCCUGCUGUUGCCGGCGACGCGCCCGUCGUGCACAGUCGGUACGGCAACGGGCCUGGUCCCAUCCGCACCAGCGAGAGUCGGAGGGGCACGCCGUUGCCCGGACGAGGGGGACGAGGAGCCGGCGGGGGCAUGCGUGGUGGGCGGGGGGGACGGCCAUUUCCCAGCGCGGCGCAAGUGCCGCCCUCCGCGGAGGACAUCACCCCCCCGGCGGACCCCAACAUCACCUCGCUGUUUGUGACGGGUGUCGAGGACGAUCUCCCCGAGCACGAGCUGCGCACCUUCUUCACCCAGUUCGGCUCCCUGCGUUCCUUGAUCUGUUCCCAUCGUGCGCACUCCGCGUUCAUCAACUUCGCCACGCGCGAGGGCGCCGAGGCCGCCGCCAAGCAUUGCCAGGGCAAGGCAGUGCUGCAAGGGUGUCCCCUGCGCAUCCGAUGGGGCAAGCCCAAGCCGCUGGAUAACAUGGAUCGUGAGGAACGCAUGAAGAACGCCCGCGAAGGCCGACAAGCCGUGGGGAUGCGCUCCGGCGAGGGCGGCAAGAAAGCCAUCACCGCGGCGGGCGCGGACAUUGCCAGUGCCAGGGAAGAACGACCGCGCAACUACGCCGUGGCGCCGCCGCCGGGUGCUGGCGAAAUCCAGUAUUCUAGUCUCAACGGCGAUUAGACGGGUGGUUUUCUUGCUUAUUCUGGAAGUAGGAAGCGUUCAUGUGAUGUAUGUUUGAGAGCGGGCGUUUGUCUAUUUUACCGGCUGUGUAUGUAUCGUCUAUCGAAUUCUUAACACAUUGAUGCAACCGAAUACCCCAAGAGACGCCAGAAAGGAGAGAAAGAAAAGUUCGGGUAUACUAUAAUACAAUCCGCAAU